AUGACUAGGUUAUCAGGAUGGCGCAUGUACUUCGAUGGAGCAGCUAAUCAUUCAGGGUAUGGGAUAGGUGUUUUGUUGGUAUCUCCUCAGGGUGAUCACAUCCCGAGAUCUGUUCGUUUAACAUUUCCUGAUUACCAUCCCACCACAAAUAAUAUUGUUGAGUACGAGGCAUGUAUCCUCGGUUUAGAGACUGCAUUAGAGCUUGGCAUCAUACAUAUGGAUGUACUUGGUGAUUCCAAUCUAGUGCUCAGACAGGUUCGGGGUGACUGGAAGACCAGAGACGUGAAGUUGAAGCCAUACCAUGCCUACUUGGAGUUAUUGAUUGAGAAAUUUGAAGAAUUGAAAUACAUUCAUCUCCCUAGAGCACAUAAUCAGUUUGCUGAUGCUUUGGCUACCCUAGCUUCUACAGUUGAUAUUCCAACUAAUGUGGUAGUUCGUCCUUUGCUGAUUGAGACUAGAUCUGCACCUGCAUAUUGUCAUUUGAUUGAUGAGACAGAGGUCCAAGAUGACCUACCAUGGUUUCAUGAGAUUCGUCAGUUUCUUAGAUCUGGCACAUACCCUGAAGCUGCGACAGCCAAGGAUCGGAGAGCAUUGAGGUAG